CUCUUCUCCUCGCAUAGUAUUUUCGAAGUUGUUUUUUUCUGAGUCGUCUUCUCUGAGCUAUAUAUCUCAUUCUCACUCUGUAGCCCGACCCCGAAAUAGCAGCGAUUUCACUCUCUCACAGCCUCAUACACUGAGAGUGGGACUUACCUUGAGAGAAAUCCCUGGAGUUAUCUCCCAAGGAUUCCCUAAAAAUCCGGCACCGGCAUGGCGUCGUCGAAGUUGGUCACGACGAAUACGGAUCUGCCACGCCAAUCUUCUAUAUGUUCCCUUUCUUCUAUGCUCGCUGAUCUCCAGAACAACACUAACAACACCAACACCAACAUCAAUAACACCAGCAACCACAACGACCCCAACUGCGCCGACGACCCUUCCAAGGCCUUGGGUUCUAUGAGCAUGGAUGAUCUCCUUAAGUCCAUUUACUCUUCUUCUUCGUCCGAUCCUAAUAACAAUCCCAACCCGGGUCACCUCCCGCCGGACCCCAAUUUCCACCCGGCUGCGGCUGCGGCGGAAUUGGGCAACCGGACGGCGGAGGAGGUGUGGCAGGAGAUGGUGGAGGGUGGUGAUCAGAGGCGGAUGGGUGCAGCAGGGGAGGGUUUGGAGGCCAUGACUUUGGAGGAUUUCUUGGCCAAGGCGGGGGCUGUAAGAGAGGAGGAUGUGAGGGGAGUUCCUACCGUAGUACCUGGACAUGCGAGUUUCCGCGUGGAUGCGGGGGCGGCGGCUGCCAUCAACGGUGGCGCUCAGUUCCAGAUGACGCCGCCGGUACAGGGUAAGGAGGGGCCAUCCAUGGAGGUUUUUGGAAAUGGGAUUGACGGGACAGUUGUUGGAGUUGCAGCAUCAGCGGGAAGAGGGAAGAGGAGGGUUGUGGAGGAACCCGUUGAUAAGGCUACGCUUCAGAAGCAGAGAAGGAUGAUCAAAAACAGAGAGUCUGCAGCUAGGUCCAGAGAACGCAAGCAGGCAUAUACAGUUGAACUAGAGAAUAUGGUAACACAACUCGAGGCAGCGAAUGCACAACUGUUGAGGGAAAUGGCUGAAAAGAAGAAGCAGAGGUUCAACCAGCUCAUGGAAAACCUUAUUCCAGUGGUGGAGAAGCGUAAACCACAACGAAAGCUUCGAAGGGUGAAUUCAGCCCAGUGGUGAUCUGAUAAGCUGGCCUUGCGAGAGUGAAGUUGGUCCAGUAGUGAUUUCAAUAUGCAGUUUGUGAUCCGAUGGAUUGGAUUUAGUGGCCUGUAGAUAGGUAAUCAAACGGAGCAAGAAGAUGAUUUUAGGGAAAAUGGGGAAAUAGAUUCAGGUUUUUAGUCCAUACAUACCAUUGCUGGUUAUCCUCCAGAAGCAAUUGGAGCUUACCUUGUAUAGAGAAAGUAGCUGCAAGUCAAAUAAUGCAAGUAAAUGGAUAAAAAGGUUAAGGUCAUUUGAUUCAUUGCUUGUGGAAUAUCCAUGGUUAUGGUGGAAUAAGAGAGGUUAUUGUAUUACGCUGAUGGUCCUGCAAGUGCAAUGUAUCUCCUACUUCUUGAUAUUGAGUGAAAGGGGAAGGGGAGGCUGAUUUAUCUGUACUAGCCUCCUUUUUUUUUAAUUAUUAAUUUAAAUUUUGGGUUCUUUUUACUUUCUUCUUCUUUUUUUAUUUUUUUUAACCAGUACUGCAGGAGUUUAUAGAAUCUUUACCCUCAGAGCCUUGAUCUGAAUUCUGAAAUGAUAUUGCUGCUUAUUUAGUGAUCUGUAGAUUCUACUUGUAAUUCAUAAUUAAUAAUUAUAUUCUUUUGCAAUUUUCUCCA